AUCGACGAAUAAAUAUACUCGUUAGCCCGACUAUAAAGGGCUCCGUUCGUUCUAAUCUCUCCGUUCUCCCCCCUUCUUCUCUCCUUCACUGAACGCUCCGCGAAGAGAAAGCUAGAGGGAUCGGCUGCGAGCACGGAGGAGGCUUCGAAGCAAUUUUUCUGACCGCAGAUGAUUUCUUCUGUUGCUUCAUCGAGCUAUUGGACGACGACGGCUGUAGUCACGAUGUUUUCCGCUCUCCCCCGGACUACUGGAUGUUCCGCGGGAUGUAGACUGCCGAUUGCUCGUCGUUCUGCUGGUGAUUCGAGUUCGGGGAGCAGCAUUUGGUUGAAUUGUUGGGAUCCGUCAAGACGGGAGCGGGAGAUCCGUGGCCCGAAGGCUAGCGCGGUGGUUCGGCCGGUUGGGAGGGGUUGCGGGAGCGUGACCAGAAGGGCGGUUCUUGCCUGGGAUAUGGGGGCGGAGGAGGAGGUUGGCUAUUCCAGGUGUUUUCUUAGGGCACGGAAUGGAGAAGAGCUUCUUUUUUGUAUAAGGAGGGAAGUUGAAGCUGGAAAACUUUCUUCAGAAAUUGCGACUAGACUGGAAGAACUCUAUUAUAAUUACCGGAAUGCUGUCAUGCAAAGUGGAGAUCCAAGUGCAAAGGAGAUCAUACUUUCCAAUAUGGCUGUUGCAUUUGAUCGUGUUCUUUUGGAUGUUGAGGAUCCUUUUAGCUUUUUGCCUUGUCAUAAGGCAAUACGAGAGCCUUUUGACUACUACAUGUUUGGUCAAAAUUAUCUCCGGCCAUUGAUAGAUUUCAGAACAUCAUAUAUUGGCAACCUCUCCCUUUUCUUUGACAUGGAAGAGAAGCUUAAGCGGGGCCAUAACAUCAUUUUGUUCUCCAACCAUCAGACAGAAGCAGAUCCAGCACUCAUUUCACUGUUGCUUGAAAGAACAAAUUUAUAUUUUGCUGAGAAAAUGGCGUUUGUGGCAGGAGAUAGGGUGGUUACAGAUCCACUUUGCAAGCCCUUCAGCAUGGGAAGAAAUCUUAUUUGUGUAUACUCAAAGAAGCACAUGCAUGAUGUUCCUGAGCUUAUUGAAAUGAAAAGGAGAGCAAAUACUCGAAGCUUAAAGGAAAUGGCUUUGCUUUUGAGGAGUGGAUCACAGGUAAUAUGGAUUGCACCAAGUGGUGGUAGGGACCGACCUGAUCCACUCACAGGGGAAUGGAAUCCAGCACCAUUUGAUGCAUCUUCAAUGGACAAUAUGAGGAGGCUUUUGGACCAUUCUGGUGUAGUUGGGCACAUGUAUCCCCUAGCAUUGCUGUGUUAUGAGGUUAUGCCUCCACCACGAGAGGUAGAAAAGCAAAUUGGUGAGAGAAGAAAAAUUUCUUUUCAUGGAAUUGGGUUAUCCGUGGCUCCAAAAAUCAACUUCGCUGAAAUCACAGCUGGUUGUGAGAACCCUGAUGAGGCUAAGGAGGUCUUUUCUCAGGCUGCAUAUGAUUCCAUGAUUGAACAUUAUAAUGUUCUUGAAUCUGCUAUAUAUGGAUGUAAAGGACUAAAUGCAUCAAACUCCAUUGUCUCACUUUCACAGCCAUGGUUAUGAAUCUUUUGGCAGGUUUUCUUGUCAUUAAGGCAUU